AUGCCCACCAACGGGAACAAGCCGCUGAAGCUGCAGUUCGGCCUGAUCAACCACGAGGGCCGCUACCUGACGGCCGAGGCCUUCGGCUUCAAGGUGAACGCCUCGGCGCCCAGCCUGAAGCGCAAGCAGCGCUGGACGCUGGAGCAGGACGAGCUGGACGCGCAGGUCAUCUACCUGCGCUCGCACCUGGGCCGCUACCUGGCGGCCGACGUGCACGGCCGCGUGACGUGCGAGGCGGAGUCGCGCGAGGCGGCGGCCGACACCCGCUUCCUGAUCGCGGCGCGGUCCGACGGCCGCUGGGCGCUCCAGUCCGAGCCGCACCUGCGCUUCUUCGGCGGCGCCCACGACCAGCUGUCCUGCUUCGCCCAGGCGGUGGGCGAGCGCGAGCUCUGGGCCGUGCACCUGGCGCUCCACCCGCAGGCCAACCUGCUCAGCGUCGCCCGCAAGCGCUACGCGCACCUGUCGGGCCCCGAGGGCGAGGUGGCCGUGGACAGCAACAUCCCGUGGGGGGUGGACGCCCUCCUGACCCUCGUCUACCUGGACGGCAAGUACUGCCUCCAGACCAGCGACAGCCGCUUCCUGGGCAACGACGGCAAGCUGUCGGCGGAGAACGGCCGCGCCACCGGCUACACGCUGGAGUUCAAGGCGGGCAAGCUGGCCUUCAAGGACUGCGAGGGCAAGUACCUGACGCCCAUGGGGCCCACGGGCACCCUGCGCUCCGGCCGCUGCUCCAAGCCGGGCAAGGACGAGCUCUUCGACCUGGAGGAGAGCCACCCGCAGGUGGUGCUGCAGGCGGCCAACGGCAGAUUUGUCUCCAUCCGACAAGGAGUGAACAUCUCGGCCAAUCAGGACGAGGAGACGGACAUGGAGACGUUUCAGAUGGAGAUCGACAAGCAGAGCAAACAGUGCACGUUCAGGACCAACGCGGGGAACUACUGGACCCUGGUGUCUCAUGGAGGCGUCCAGUCCACAGCCACUGAAGUAGGUGCCAACACCAUGUUUGAUAUCCAGUGGCUGGGGCGGCGCGUGGCACUCAGAGCCAGUAACGGCAAGUUCAUCUGCACCAAGAAGAACGGGCAGCUCGCAGCGGUCAGCGACUCCGUGGGGGAGGACGAGCAGCUCGUCCUGAAGCUGAUCAACAGACCCAUUCUGAUCCUGAGGGGGGACAACGGCUACAUCUGCCACCACAAAAGCUCCAACACCCUGGACUCCAACCGAUCAGUGUACGACAUCUUCACCCUCCUGUUCAGCAACGGGGCAUAUCACAUCCAAGGGGUGGGCGGAAAGUUCUGGUACGUCUCCAGUCCCGGCCAGGUGUGUUCAGACGGCGACACACCUGAGGACUUCUUCUUCGAGUUCCUCGAACACGGCCGCAUCGCGAUCCGGGCCAAGAACGGCAAGUACCUGCGCGGAGACCAGGGCGGAACGCUGAAGGCUGACGGCGAGAAGGCGGACAGCUCGUCGUCUCUGUGGGAAUACUGA